AUGCAUCUUCUAGAAGAAAAACUGGGAAAUGGAGAUGAAGUGUAUAUGGAAAAUUAUUAUAAUAGUUAUAUACUGGCAAAGAAGCUGCUCGAGAAAAAUACAUACUGUAUCGGUACUUUACGUAAAGACUUACGAGACAAUCCUAAAGAAGUGACACAAAAGAUGGUACGGCAUUAUGUAAAAAAAAAGAUUGGAGAACCUAAUUACACGGAAGAAAAACUAGAGAGAGCUCUUAGUGAGAUAAGAGCUCAUACUAUGACAGUUAACAGAGCUUCCAAAGUAUAUAAAAUACCAUUUUCAACGCUAUACUGCCGUUAUAAGGGUACGAGAGGAUUAAUAAAAAAUUCGAAAGGCCGGACAACUGUUCUCCCUGAAAAUGUAGAAAACACUCUAGCUACCUCAGUAAAAACGUUGGCUAAGUGGGGCUUCGGCCUAAGCAGAAAAGAGAUCAUGGAAUUGGUAGGACAAUAUGUUAAAAUAAACAAUUUAAAAACACCUUUCAAAGAUGGCGUUCCAGGUGAGGACUGGUUCCUAGGAUUUAAAAGACGCCAUCUUUUAUCGAUCCGGAAGCCUGAGCCUAUGGAAUACUCCAGAAAAAAAGCUGUAACUGACCCCUUCAUAAUUUUUGGAUAUUUCGAUCUUCUUGAAAGAACUCUCACUGACUUAAAGUUAAAAGAUAAGCCCCAAAACAUAUGGAACCUUGACGAAAGUAGCUUAAGUAUUGACCCAGCAAGAACAAAAGUUGUCGGAGAAAAAGGCCGAAGUGUGUCUAGAGUAAUCAGCACUACAGGGAAAGAAAACACAACUUUUGUUUUAGCCGCCAAUGCCGUUGGUCAUAGGAUUCCACCAUUAAUUAUCUUUAAAGGUAAAAAUAUGUGGGACCAAUGGCGAGCACCUACAGGCAAAGAAUUUCCAGGGACGGCUUACGCCGCGAGCCCGAAUGGUUGGAUGGAAACAGAGAUUUUCACUAACUAUUUCAAGAAGACCCUUAUUCCAGCUCUUGGCAGUGAACGACCUAUGUUAGUGCUAUAUGACGGUCAUGCCACACAUUUUUCUGUUGAUCUUGUGGAAACAGCGAUGGCCAAUGACAUAACUAUUCUUAAAAUUCCAGCGCACACCAGCCAUCGUCUGCAGCCAUUGGAUGUUUCUGUCUUUAAAUCCUUUAAAGAAAAUUGGGAUCAAACAGUAACAAAAUGGCAACGGCAGCAUAUUGGGCAGAGAUUGCCUAAAUCUUUAUUCUCUCAAUAUUUAGGGGAAACUUGGAUUAAAGUUUCCGAAAGUUGUAUAGCCAAUGGGUUUAGCAAGGCUGGAAUUUAUCCUUUUAACCCCAACAUAAUUCCUAGAGAUCAUUUUUCCAAAGAAUCCCUGGAACGCUGGGAAAUCUCGCAAGUAAUGGCCAAUCCUAUGCCAUCAGCAUGUAGCCUUCCUUCGAUCUCGUCUUCUCGAGAGAAUUUCUCGGAAGAAGCCCUGGAAAACAGAGAUAAUUUGCAAGUUUCUUCGAUUUCAUCGAUGACUGAUGAAAGCCAACGAAAAUCUGACAAAAGCAACUUAGAACACACUUCAAUAGAAGGCAUAAUUCUAUCUACUAUCCAUCAAAAACGUUUACCACCGAAGGAAAGGAAACGGAAAGUUGCAUCAGGCGCUCAGGUCAUUACUUCUCAUGAAAUUCUUGAAGUUCUACUAAAAGAUGCAGAAGAGAAGAAAACUAAGAUCAAAAAAGCCAAAAGAAAGACAAAUAAAGAAAAGAAAAAUAAAAAAAGAGCAGACAGCGAUAGUACAGAUUUGGAAUCGGAAAUUUCUUAUGCUGAGUCGGGAGAAAGUUAUUUUCCUGAAUACUUGCAAGGAAAUGAUCCGCUGUGUUCUAGAGAAGAUGAUAUAUUACCUUUUGCGGGGGGAAGAACUACAAUUACUAGAGCAAAAAGAUCCGAUGGAUAUUGA